CAGUGAGCACCACCACCUGACGACCCCUCCCACUUUUUCUAUUUCCUUUUGCAUCCUGCAGUCUUCAAAUAUCAGACAUCACACUUGACAACUGAGCGAGCAUCUAUAGCAUCUUUGAGAAGAUGGAAGGCCAGGAAAAUCAAGUAACAUGUUAUCUCCUGUUCUCACUGGGCACUGCUGUCAUCGGCUCUCUGCAGUUUGGUUACAACACAGGAGUCAUCAAUGCUCCGGAACAGAAACUGCGAUCUUUCUUCAAUAACACCUGGAUGGAACGUUAUGGUGAGCCUAUCGGCCCAGGGGUUUGUACCAUUGUCUGGAGCGUUGCUGUUUCCAUCUUCAGUGUGGGUGGCAUGGUGGGCUCCUUCAGUGUGGGCGUCAUGGCCAACCGAUUUGGCAGACGGCGCUCCAUGUUUCUGGUGAACACUCUGGCAGUGAUCGGAGGCCUCCUCAUGGGGUUUUCCACCAUUUGCUCCUCCUAUGAGAUGGUGAUUGCAGGUCGUCUGGUCAUUGGCCUGUUCUGUGGUCUCUUUACCGGGCUGACUCCCAUGUACGUGGGCGAGGUGUCACCGACGCCGCUUCGCGGAGCAUUUGGUACUCUGCAUCAGCUCGGUGUGGUAGUGGGCAUCCUGAUUGCGCAGAUCUUUGGUCUGGAGUUUCUGUUGGGCUCUGACAAGCUGUGGCCCCUGCUCUUGGCCCUUACCGUGGCCCCUGCUGUGCUGCAGUGUAUCCUGCUGCCCUUCUGUCCUGAGAGCCCCCGCUUCAUUCUGAUCAACCUUAAACAAGAAGAACAAGCACGCAAAGCCCUGGUUCGUCUGCGCGGCACGGAGGAUGUGAACAAAGAGCUCCAGGAGAUGAAGGAGGAGAGUGCAAAGAUGGCGAAAGAGAAGAAGGUGACCAUCGCUGAGCUGUUUCGCUCAGCGACCUAUAGACAGCCCCUCCUCAUUGCCGUCAUGCUGCAGCUCUCUCAGCAGCUUUCAGGAAUCAACGCUGUGUUUUACUACUCCACAGGGAUCUUUAGCUCAGCUGGGGUAAAGCAACCCAUCUACGCCACAAUAGGAGCCGGCAUCGUCAACACCAUCUUCACUGUUGUUUCUCUCUUCCUGGUGGAAAAGGCUGGACGAAGGACUCUUCAUCUCCUGGGAUUGGGUGGGAUGGCUGUCAGUGCCCUGGUCAUGACAUUCUCCCUACUGUUGAAGCACAUCCCAGCUAUGAGCUACAUAGCAAUCCUGGCUGUCAUGUUUUUUGUGGCUAUGUUUGAGCUGGGCCCCGGUCCCAUUCCAUGGUUCAUUGUGGCUGAGCUUUUCUCCCAGGGGCCCCGUCCUGCGGCAAUGGCUGUUGCAGGAUGCUGCAAUUGGACAGCCAACUUCCUUGUUGGAAUGAGCUUUCCCAAACUAGUGGAGUGGUGUGGGGCUUGGGUGUUCCUCAUCUUCACGGCCUUCCUCGUCAUCUUUUUUAUCUUCACGUUUAUCAAAGUUCCAGAGACAAAGGGAAAGACAUUUGACGAGAUCGCCCGUGGCUUUGGUGCUGCUCAAACUCCUGCCACCUCUUCCGCUGAGGACCCUGCGCCCACCCCCAGCACAGCCGUGACACUUCCAGCCUCUUCUCCUGAGAAGGAGAAGGUUCCACUGGUGGAAGCUCCAACAGCAGCAAUGGCAGCAGCUCAAACAGCUGCUCCUGCGGCAACUGCGGUUGCCCCUCCAGCAACUGAAACAACCCCCCUUAAAAAUGAUUCCAGCGCUCAAAGAGAGCAGGUAGAACAGGUGUAGACAGAUUUUUGAUUGGUGACAAAAAUUCUGAAUGAGGGAAGAAUCAAGGAAUCCAAACACGCUGAAACUAUGGAAACAGUUUCAAUGUUUCUCUCCAACUUUACGGUACAUUCCUGAAAUCGGCCGCAUCCAUUUAAAGGGUCAGUCAAAGGUCAGUGUGUCUCAAGUCACUCACAUCCGGUUACUUGAAACUAAAACCUGGGUCAAAAAAUGUGCAGCUAAUUUGUUCACUAAUGCAGUCUAUAAGGAGGAUGUUUGGAGCAGAUGUGAUUUAAAAAGAUUGAAUCAAGAGGCUGCUUCUAUAUGAAUCAAGUGGCAUGAUUAACAAAGAUCCACAUUUUAACUAAUUUAUUUUUGUUUUUUAAGUGACAGAUAAUUUAGUUCAUAUUGUAAUGUGGUUUAACUUGUAACCACAAGUUAAACCACAUAAACCACAUACAACUUGUAUUUUUGGUUUCUUUCCCACAAGAUUGCAAGAUUGCAGGUCUAACAGGUCUAAAUUGUGUGCUUGUUUGGAUUGCCAAAAUGAAUAAUCACCUAAUGAACACAUCUAACAGCAUAGUGAAAUCUGCAGAUUAAACAGCAGCUAUAGGUACUAAAAUACAUCAUUGUUGUUCAAAUUCUGACAUCUACAGUCAUUCAUUAUUUAGUUGGGGUUUAAUGACUGAUGCACCUGCUUGUGUGCUGACAUGGUGUCGUCCUGUUUAAGUAUUGAAUGCUGGCUAAAUGUAAUUAUGGCCAAGAUAUGGAGAAAAUAGACAUGACAAUUCCUUAAAAACCAUGUUCAUAGGCAUAUGAAUGUGUAUAGGAAUACAAAAACCUCAUUAAGGCUCCUAACUGGUCUAGAAAUAUGCAUGCACAGAGCACCCCCACAGACAUGGGCACCCAUGUCGUUCAACACACAUCUGCUGUAGUUUAUAGACAGGCUCGUCUUGUCUUUUCCAUUAUGAAGAGUGUUCGAAAGAAACAAAAACCUGUCACGUCAUAUUUAUACCCUAGGGAAACCAAAAGUCAUAGAUUACUAAUCAAAAGUUCUUAGAGAGUCUGAUUUAGUUACAUUCAUGGCAUAGGAAUUGAUACUGGUGUCAAUUGUGGGACGUGAUUUUACUGGUGUUAAGAACAAUGAAUUCCUAUUGUGGGAUAUUUUUCCCCAUUUAUUUGAUGAGCUCAGAUUAAAGGAUGGAUUUUUGUGUUUUUUCAGUGUGAGAGGACCAUGUUGCAUUAAAAACAUGAUUUAUUCUGAGGCAUUUUACACAGUUUUACAAGGGGUGCCAGUAAAAGUGAAGGAUGCUGCAUAUGAAAUCAUAUAUUAACCAGAGAAUUAGGUUAAAGAUCUUACUAUCAGUCAUUUAGCAGCUAUUUAUUUUCAAAUCGUAUUGAUUUAUUGCUUCAUAUCUUGAGAUUUAGGUUACUGGUAAAAAUAUAUACUGCAACAGAAGAAUCUUAGGAUAAAUAGCUGUGAUGUACCACUAGAGCAAUAGGCUAAAUAUAUUUAUUUUCUAAAAGGGAGAAUAUUCUUUGUAAUUGUGUCAGAAUAUAAUUUUUUAUGAAUGAUUAUAAAUAAUAUUGAGAAAUUUUAGUGCCAAAAGAUGAAAAGUGAGUCUGAACGGACAUUUGCUUUCAGUUGAGGAGUAACUGAAUUACUUAAAGUGAAGUUUUAGUUCAUCGUUGUCUAUCCUAUCUACACUUUGGCAGACAGGCAAGCUUUAGAGCCAGUAUCUAUUAUAUAAGCAGUAGUUGUAAUGAACACAGGAGUGCUUUCCAUCAAGCUAACACAGUGCUAUUGAUUUACAUUUACAUUAAUGAUAACAAGCAUAUGUCUAACCAAGCAGACAGUAGAACAGAUAAAGACUUUAUCAACUGUGCAAUCACUAUUGAAACAUUACCACUUAUAGUAUGUAGAUGCAACUAAAGGGGAAGUGCAAAUACUCUAAUAGAGCUGGCUUCAUGGCAUUACGUGAAAGAUGCAACUAACUUGAGAGAUUUAAUAAAUAAUUAUGUUUUGAUAUUACUUUUUUGUCUUUGCAACGAUAUAAAUUAUCCCUUAAAAUCAAAGAAAACAGAUCUGUGAUGAUUAUUUUGUUUUGGUAUAACCAAAACAAAAUAAUGUCCAUUUAAAAUUAUACAUAAAGUAUUUUUAAUCAUCAGAGUACUUUUUCAUUGUAAAGAUGGACUUUUAAAUUAGAGUCUAUAAGUUCGAUUACAACAAUCAGGAAGGACUUUACUGGAGAUUGAGUUUUACAAGUAAUUAGUAGAAUCAGUCGUGACCAUAUGGACUUUUCACUCUCAUCCUAACUAGUGUAUAAUUGUUUUAAAAGCUUAAUAAGUGUCAGUAGACUGUCCUUAAUUACAGUCCAAAGGCCGUGGUUUCAGUAAAGACAUUAAAAUCAACAAUUUUAUUUAACACAUUUCAAAGGUGUCUCAGACAUACUGAUUUGAUUCAGCUGAAAAAAAAAAGCCAUAUGCUCUGAAAUAAUUUAUCCUCAGAUCAGUAAUAACUUUAUUGUUUCACAAGUAUUUUCUCAUGAUAAUCUGCAUAUAUCUGGGAAACAAUACUUGUUUUGUUAUACUUUUUUAUUUUUCCACAAAUGCGCUUAACACAGUUUUUGACACAUUCGACAUAAGUUUCGGAAAUUGCAUCAUAGCAUUCUGAAUAGUCAGCAAAGACUUCAAUCAUUUUCUUGGAUCAGCUGUUGCUAAUUAAUAAAAUCUAAAAUGUCGCUUUCAUUUUAGUAGCAGCUUUCAGAAAACAUUAUAUUUCAAACAUAUUUCAGUUACCAAAAAAAGUUAUGAUUUUUAUGGUAUUUCUUUUAUUUUACUUCUUGGUAUUACAGAUUUAUUGUAAGUCAAAAUGUCUUUAAGCUUUAUGUGUGGCGUCCUGAUGCUGUCUGCUCUGUGAAAACUUGAUCUGCAUUGUUUAGUCUUGACAGAUUAAUAUAUUGUAUAUCUAAUACUGUGUAAUAUGUGUUGUGUAUACUUGAGUAACAAAAGUAUAUUUUCUUUACUCUUUUGAGACUGUGUGGAUUGCUGUAGCUACUUGAAAAACAUUUCUCACCCAUGCCGACCAUUUAUUUAUUUCUAUAUUUGCAAUAGAAUUUACACUUGAAGAAAAAUACCUUGAUAAGGUAUCUAUAAAGAGACAAAGUAUCUAUAGAGAAAUUUAAGAUUUGAAUCAAACACCACUUAUAAACACUACGCAUAAUUUUAGGACAUAACUUUGUAACGUUGCUGUAAUUUAAUGUUGAUGUGAAAAAGUUUGUUACCUGGGUGUAUUCAUUCACUGAAAAUAUUGAAUAUAAUUCCCUGGCUUUGAUGUAUGUUCCUGUAAUUGUGGAUGGUAGUUUGCACUGAGAAAGGAUAGUUGUCUAGUCGAGAUUAAUGUUAUAUUCAGUAUUUCCCGUUGAGGUGCUGCUUCUGUUUUUGGCUUUUCACACACUGCUCACUUUUUGCACUGGCAAGGAAUUUAAACUGUUUCACUAAUGAAUUUUAAUAUCACAAAUUCAGAAAUCUCUAAGCAGGCAAGCAGAAGAACAUGUUUUCUAUGUGGGGAUGUAGGGAGAUGUCUUGAAAUUUUCUUUUAUCAAAACAACUCGACUCAAACUAAAAUCGCAAUUUUUAAACCAGUGACAGCUGUUGCUUUUCCAACUUCCUAUAGCAGCUAGUGGCUACUUCUAGCUUACAUACAAGCUUUACUAUUCCUUUCCUUUGUCACAGUACAAUCUUUUUCUUAAUAUAUGUAUAUAUAUAUAUAUAUAUAUAUAUAUAUAUACUAUUGUCUUUAUCUUGUGUAUCAUUUAUGAUUACAAUAUACUACUGGUAGUGAACUUUGCAAAAUACUGCCAUGGUAUGUGAUUGUGGUGUUGCACUAAAGAAUUUGAAAGGAUUAAAAAAGGUAUAGGAGAAGAGACCAACGUACAGACUACUAAUAAAUAUAGCAAGCAACUUGAAACUUUUCACAAAGUGUACAGAUAAAAGUAUAGGCAUUCAUUUUUUUUUUUUUUGUAAAUUUGUAUACUUUACACAUCAUCCACCUUGUUCUCUUUCAUUUUGGAAUCCAGACUCUUUGGAUUCCUCCCACUGCUCUUUACCUUGGUUAAAUAAUAUUUGACUGUGCAGAUUUUAAAAGCCUGGUUUGAAAGUCUGACUGGCUACUGCUGCUAGUUCAUGUGUUAAUUUCAUCUCAUGUCUGCUUCAACAAUCUGUUGCAGCUGUGUCUCAUCAAAUUACAUUGACAGUUUGGGCACAUAUGUGUUUCCACCAUGAUUCUUUAACAUGUUGGCAAAACAGACAUCAGUGUGGCAAAGAGGUUCCUGCAGGGUCGUGUUACCUAGAAAUAGCCAAGAAUUAUGUUACAAACUGGUAUAACUUAACUUAAGAAAAAUUCAGGCUGUUGACCUAGCAAAUACUGUAUGUAUUUCACAGUUACUAUCCAAUCAUACUAAAUCAACAGGUAUUGUUCUUACAGAUUUGAGUGUAAAUCAACUGCUGCAUAAUAUUUAUGUAUGUUUGUUCUUGACUGUGAUGUUGCAGGAUAAGUGUUUGGGUUUGUUUUGUCUGCGUUUCGUAAUGUUUUUCCUCACCUGUGUUUGAACUGUAUUUCAGGGUGUGUUUAUGAGAAAGCUCACAUUUUUAUGUGAGAUGUGCUUUGAUUCACUAACUCUUACCCAGGCACUGCUGCUGACUCACAUAUGUGCAGUAAUUUUUUGUCCCCACAUAAAAUGAGUUUGAGAAUUGUAGACUGCAUUCAUUUCGGGCUUCAGUGCUGUGACUGUAUGGAUAUUUGAUGAGUAACAGCCCAGGGUCUGUUACUUACUUUUGUGUUUCAGUGGUUACUGGAAGCGAUGGGUAGACCAUGAAUAGCUAUUUACCCUUUCUGUGUGCAACAGAUGCACUCUGUUUUAUUUGCUCUGUGCAUAAUAAAUAUUGUUGCUAAAUAAAGUUGCCAUGUUGUAAUGAGG